AUGACGUCUGCUGCAGUUAGCGCGGGCAAUCCACAGCAGCUGGAAAUGUUACUCGCGGCGUUCACUAACGCGGACAACGAGGCCAGGCAGAGGGCGGAGGUGGCUUGGGAAGACCUGAAGCAACGGCUCCCCGACGAGGUUCUGGAGAACAUGUGCGCCAUCCUGGGGCGCGAUGAUGCGGAAGCCGGCGAGGCGGCGGGGCUGCGAGCCAUGGCGGCGGUUCUGCUCCGCACACUGUUCGACGCCCGCUCCGACGUCUGGUUUAGGGUCCAGGAACGCACUCAGAAAGCAGGUGGAACGGGAUGGUUUCAAGAUGUUAUUUUCCCCCCCGGUGUGGACGUGCGCUGA